AUGUAUCGCGGUGGAUGGAAAGAGGUUUCCUACAAGAAACGGUUCGCCCCGAAAUGGGACACUUUUCCUUUUGGUGGUCGUAAUCGUAACCCGUCUACCUCGCUAGGGGAAGUUACAUCUUUGUUCGUGUCGGAUUUUCCAGAAGGGUCAACAGCUAAGGAUUUGUUUCAGCUCUUUGGGUGUUAUGGUGCGGUGGUGGAGGUGGCAAUUUCACCGAGGAGGAAUUCUUUUGGGAAACGAUUUGGCUUUGCUCGUUUUGUGGAGGUAAUCGAUGGUAGACUCUUAGCUGUGCGUCUGGACAAUAUAAUUAUUGGUGGUAAAAAAAUACAUGUCAAUCUGCCAAGGUUCAAAAGGGAUUCUUACAGGAGAGUAAAGGGUCAUGGGGAGCCUGUGUUGGGCAAGAUUGGGGUUCCACGAAAUAGGUUUCACCCUGUCAGUAAUGGAAUUCCAAGGUCUGAGGCUGGGAAGGGUCACUCUUAUGCUGAGGUCGUGGGAGGGAGACAACAGGAUAACGUAUCGAAAGUGUCGGAGAACAUGUUGGUGCUUCAAUCCUCGGAAGCCUUAAGAGGCCGGUUGGAGAGAGCAUUUGUGGGCAAAGUCCAUAUUCCGGGUUCGGCUCAUAUCAUCCAAACUCAAUUCGAAAUGGAAGGAGUUUUCGCUGUUAAAGUGUCCCCUAUGGGUAGCAAUUGGUGUCUGUUAGAAGAAAAUGAGGAGGGCUUUAUUGAAGAUCUCAUUGGUGAAGGAGAGGUGUGGUGGAAGACUUGGUUUUCGGAGAUCAAAAAAUGGGAACCUGGUGCUGUGGAUCAACAUAGAGAUGUGUGGAUUCGGAUUUACGGGAUCCCUCUCCAUGCUUGGAGUUCUGACUGUUUUACGGCAUUGGCUGAACAAUGGGGGAGAUUCAUAUGCAUUGAUGAAUCCACGGCUAAAGGAGAGGCGUUUGACGUCGCGAGAAUUAUGAUUAACGUGCCUAUUGCUUGUCUGUUUCCUGAUUUUGUCCAUAUUAAUCUUGAUGGACUGGUUUUCAAGCUUUUAAUUAGAGAAGAUGUUCAGGGCCUGUUUAGAACUUCUACUAAGGCACCGGCUGGUUCUUCGUGCAAUAGCAGUUCCUCUGACUCGGUUGCGGAGUGUUGGAGCGAUCAUGAUGGUAAGGUAGGGAGUAUUUCGGACAGCAUUGAACAAUUUUCUGAGAAGAAUUUGGAAGUGGAAAACGUUAAAGUGGAUGGAGUGUUACGGUCCGAUACUAAUGCUGUGAGGGAAUCUACCGCACAUAUUCCGGCUGUCAAGAAGGCUCCUCUGGUAGGCAAUCAUGCUGUUAGAGGAACUUAUUUGGAUGCUGGAUCGACCGGGACAGUUCUGGAGCAGAUUAAGGUGGCAGGCAGUGCGGAUUUUACUGGGACAGCUUUGUCGCCAGUUUUAGUUGCCAGAGGGGAGGUGCAGGCUGAGGCGUCCCAGUCCAAGGUGGGUUGCACAAUAGAAUGUGGGGGAUGUAAUUCUGUUAGGAAAAAAAUAAGGUACAGAUUCAUGGAUGAAGUGGGCAAGAAGUCUUGUAGCGGCAAGGCUGGGAAUAAAGAAAUCGUUACAGUUUUCUGA